AUGACUGAAGUCACUCUAGAGCUCAUGACAGACAUUGAUCAAAUUUUAUUUAUCGAAAAAGGUAUUCGAGGUGGUAUUAGUCAAAUAUCAAAUAGAUACAAAAAAGCAAACAAUGAGUAUUUGAAUGAUUAUGAUCCUACAAAAGAAACCUCAUUUCUAGCUUAUUAUUAUGUCAAUAAUCUUUAUGGUUACAGUAUGUCACAACAACUACCAACAGGCUUCUUUAAGUUUUUAGAGAAGGAAGAAAUUGAUACUUUUGAACCUGAAAAAAUACCAGAGGAUGGAUCUAAGGGGUAUAUUCCAGAAGUAGAUCUAGAAUAUCCAAAACAUUUACAUGACAGUCAUAACGACUACCCAUUAGCUCCGGAACGUAAAUUCACACCCAAUGAAAAAUUAUCUCCUUAUGCUCAACAUGUGUUGAAACAUUUACACAACAGUGAGGAACUUCCACCCAGAGCAAAGGUGGAAAAAUUACUCACCACUUUAGAAAACAAACAGAAUUAUGUACUUCACUAUCGCAACCUGCAACUGUAUCUCCAACUCGGUCUAAAAUUGAAAAAAAUACAUAAAGUAUUAGAGUUCCAACAAGAGGCUUUCAUGAAACCCUACGUUGAGUUCAACACCAAAAUGCGACAACAAGCCAAGACUGCUUUCGAGAAGAACUUCUUCAAACUCAUGAACAACUCGGUCUUCGGAAAAACCAUGGAAAAUCUUCGGAAGCAUCGGUCCGUAGAACUUGUUCAUACAGAAAAACGACUACAGAAGGUGUCAUCCAAACCCACUUAUAAGAUGCACCGGAUUUUUUCUGAAGACCUUGUUGGUGUUGAAUUAAGUCGCAAAAAAAUUAAAUUAAAUAAACCAAUUUUUGUUGGAAUGAGUAUCCUUGAUUUGUCAAAAUAUACCAUGUACGAUUUUUAUUAUAAUCAUUUGAAAAAUGUGUAUGGUAGCAACGUUGAGCUAGAAUUAACGGACACAGAUUCAUUUUUAGUAUCAUGUACAACACCGGACAUUUUCCAAGAUAUGUUGGCCUAUUCACAUUUGUUUGACACUUCAGAUUUCCCUAAAGAUCAUUUUUUAUAUAUUUAUGCAAGUCGAAGAAGCUUUCAGGCACGUCAACUAGCCAUUAGGCAAGUCGAAGAAGCUUUCAGGCACGUCAACUAG